AACAGCGCGUCCCCGCAGAGCGCUUCUUGUGACUUCAGCUUGAAUGUAAUAGUUGAGUGAUAGGGUGAAAAACCCGAAAUCUCUGCUGAGGGUAGAACCUCUACAGUCGAAUGAAGAAACAAAUCUUACUACAUUUCACAUACCGAGGACUAGUAAGAAAAGGGAAGAAGAGUAAAAGAAGAAAAUGGCCAAGUUUAUAUUACGGAAAGCCGAGCCUAAAGACGUCUCUGAUAUAUUGCGACUCAUAAAGGAACUUGCGAAAUUUGAGGAAAUGGAGGAACAGGUUGUCCUAACCGAGAAAGAGUUACUCGAGGACGGCUUUGGAGAUCAUCCGUUUUAUCACUGCGUAGUGGCAGAAGUACCGAAAGAAAGCCAAUCUAUAGAAGGUUAUACAGUGGUUGGCUUUGCAAUGUAUUACUUCACUUAUGAUCCCUGGAUUGGGAAGCUGCUGUAUCUGGAGGACUUCUAUGUCAUGAAAGAGUUCAGAGGUUACGGGAUGGGCUCUGAAAUCCUGAGGAUGCUCAGUGAGACAGCGGUUAAGACUCGAUGUAGCGGGAUGCACUUCAUUGUGGCGGAGUGGAACACAUCUUCCAUCGAGUUUUAUAAGCGACGCGGCGCCUCUGACCUCUCGCACGAGGAGGGAUGGCGUCUGUAUGAGAUCGACAAGAUCAACCUACUCAAGAUGUCUUCUAAGUAGACAUCAGUGCGACAGACAAUGUUGAUUUAAUAUUCCUCAUUAAUGCUGUGUAAAUUAUAUUGUCCGUGAAUAAAAAAAACUUGAUUACA